AUGACAUCGUCUUCGUCUCAAUCGCCAAUCGGUGGUCAAAUGGAUCAGUCGGUGGACAGCAAUCGCUCGUUUGGCCACAAUUCGCGUUCAAACAGUUUGUCUCCGAUUCCGGCCACGUCUUCGUCCACUGCUGUGAACGCCAACAGCAAUGAGGGGUUGAGUCGUCUGAAGAGACUCUACCCGUUCAUCGAGGAGUCAGAGCUGCCGAAGUCGUGGUCGUCCAAAGAUAAGGCCAACUUUAUCACACUCUCCGAGAAUAACCUGAAAGUGCACUACAAGGGAGUCGGCAAAGGACACAAAGACGCGGCCGCCGUUCGCGCCACUCAUCCCAUUCCCAGCGGAUGUCUUCUCUAUUACUAUGAGAUCAAAAUCAUUAGCAAAGGACGCGAUGGGUAUAUGGGUAUAGGUUUGGCCGCACAGGGCGUUAAUAUGCAACGACUUCCCGGUUGGGACAAACAGUCGUACGGCUAUCACGGAGACGACGGCCACUCCUUCAACAGCAGCGGCACCGGUCAGCCAUACGGACCCACUUUCACGACCGGCGAUAUCAUCGGUUGCGGCUAUAAUCUCGUGUCCGGCAAUUGUUUUUAUACCAAGAAUGGACUCAAUCUCGGCGUCGCGUUUCCCGAUCUGCCGAAUGUUCCGCUCUAUCCGACGGUCGGACUCCAGACGCCCGGAGAGGAAGUGGAGGCCAACUUCGGGUGCGAACCCUUCUGUUACGACAUCGAAGAGGACAUAACGGCUCUCAAGAAACACUUAACCGAAUCUAUUGUUGAAUUUCCUGUGAAAUACACAGAAUGGCAGACAACUAUCCACCGAUUGGUGCAGUCGUGGCUCAUACACAACGGUUACUGCGGAACCGCUGAAGUGUUCAGCGAAUCGACGAAAUUAGACUUCAAAGAGAAUGUCCAAUACAUUAGACAACGACUUCGUAUUCAACAGUUAGUGUUGAGCGGACGGAUCGGUGAAGCGAUUCAACUCACGAACCGUUUGUAUCCCAAUGUGUUAAAAGACAAUCCGAACCUAUUGUUUGCGCUGAAGUGCCGACAGUUCGUCGAGUGGGUCAGCGGUAAUGAGUUGGACAAAGCGCCGAUCGCGGGCGCGGCCGCAGCCAUGGCCUCGUACUCGCCCAACAGCUCGACCAACGGCGUGACCAACGACUGUAACGGCAACGCCUCGACCGCCGCCGACACCCAAAUGGAGGUCGACUCCAACGACAACACAAACGACACAAACAACUCGUACUCCGAAGAGCAGAGCGUAUGCGAGGAAAACGAGGCCAAAAUCACGCGACUGUUGGCGUUCGGCAAAGAACUGCACGCUCUGUCCCAACAGCUGAAGAGACAGUACGGCACAAACGAGUUCAACAAACAACUACUUCAGGACGCGUUCAGUCUCCUGGCCUAUAGUGACCCCUGGAAUUCGCCCGUCGGUUGGCACCUGAAUCCCAGCGAACGGGAGGGCGUCUGUCAACAGCUCAAUAACGCCAUCGUAAUGUCGGACUCGGGCGGCACCGGAGCCACACAUCGCGUGGCUCUCGAGACGAUCAUCAAACACACGAAAGCCCUGUUGGCCAAGAAUGGUCAGUGCGGCGCUUGGAUUGUAGACAAAAUCUAA